GGGACUGUUUGCUCCUACGGGCUGUAGAUGGAGCUGUCCGGCCUCGGCGAGGGGGAAGGAGGCUGGGAACCGCUCCUCCCUUCGCUGGCCGGCCUGAGAGGGGAACAGGACUCCCAGGAUGCAGUUUGUGUCAACACGGCCGCAGCCCCAGCAGCUGGCCAUCCAGGGCCUGGGACUGGACAGCGCGAGCUGGAGCUGGGCCCAGGCGCUGCCCCCCGACGAGGUCUGCCCCCAGGAGCCCGGUGCGCCGCGAGCAGGGGAGAUGGCCGAGGGCAUUCCUCCCAUGCAGGCUCAAGAAUGGGACAUGGACACCAGGCGUCCAAUGCCCUUCCAGUUUCCAACCUUUCCAGAGAGGGCACCUGUUUACCCUGACCGGAUGAUGAGGGAGCCACAGCUGCCCACAGCUGAGAUCUCCCUCUGGACCGUGGUGGCUGCCAUUCAGGCUGUGGAGAGGAAGGUGGAUGCCCAGGCCAGCCAGCUACUAAACCUAGAGGGGCGGACGGGGACGGCGGAGAAGAAGCUUGCAGAUUGUGAGAAGACAGCAGUGGAAUUUGGGAACCAUAUGGAAAGCAAGUGGGCCAUGCUGGGCACCUUGCUCCAGGAGUAUGGGCUGCUCCAGAGGAGGCUGGAGAACAUGGAGAACCUGCUCAGAAACAGAAACUUCUGGGUCCUCCGGCUCCCUCCGGGCAGCAAGGGCGAGGUCCCCAAGGUACCUGUGACCUUUGUUGAUAUAGCUGUUUACUUCUCUGAAGAUGAGUGGAAGAAUUUGGAUGAGUGGCAGAAGGAGCUUUAUAAUAACCUUGUAAAGGAGAACUACAAAACUCUAAUGUCACUAGGUGCCGAGAAUACAGUCCCCAAGCCAGAUGCCCAGUCUCGAGUGGAGCCAAGGGAGGAGCCCUGUGUAUGGGAACAACAUAACCCUGAGGAGAGAGAAAUCCCAAUGGAUCCCAGCACAGCCAUUGAAGCUCUGAUUCAAGCACCAGCUGCUUCCUCUCAGGUGAAGAGAGAAGAACCAUUGUGUGCCAGGGUUCAGAGGUGCUCAGAAGAGAGAGAAAUUGUGGCUGACACUGUGACUGACUCCCCAAUUUCUACCCAGGACAUCUUAUCCCGGAUUAAGCAAGAAGAGCAACAUUGUGUGUGGGAUCAACAGGAUUUGGAGGAAAGGGACAUUCCCACAGAUCCCAACUCAGAAUCUCUGAUCUCAGCACAUGACAUUCUGUCAUGGAUCAAACAGGAAGAGGAGCCAUAUCCCUGGGGCCCACCAGACUCAGUGGAAAGGGACAUGGCCAUUGAUACUAAUGCUGGUGAUGGGCUGUUAAUGGUCAAAAGUUCUAGCCUCCCUGUGCCCCAGCACCAGCCCCACCAACAAAGCAUCCCCCCACUCCCUGGGCCGGAGAACGCAGGUGGGGGGCCCAGCCGGGGGGUCGUUGGGAUGCUGGACGAUCUUUUCCCGAUGGUCCCCAGGGAGCGGGGCCUCUGUGACGGCCUCCACAGCCCCCCGGGGAGCCCGGCCGUGGAGAGUGGAGGCGGGGAGGGCAGCAGCCUGGCAGCCGAGCACCAGCGGAGCCACUUCCUCUCCCCGGGUCAGGACAAAUCCCACUUCUGUCUUCAGUGCGGCAAGACGUUCGACGUCCGAAAGAGCCUGGUCAUCCACCACCGGAGCCACACCAAAGAUCGGCCCUUCGAGUGCGCCGAGUGCGCCAAGAGCUUCAACUGCCACUCGGGCCUGAUCCGCCACCAGAUGACCCACCGGGGCGAGCGUCCCUACAAGUGCUCGGAGUGCGAGAAGACGUACAGCCGCAAGGAGCACCUGCAGAACCACCAACGCUUACACACUGGAGAAAGGCCUUUCCAUUGCGCCCUGUGUGGCAAGAGCUUCAUCCGGAAGCAGAACCUCCUCAAACACCAGCGCAUCCACACAGGCGAGCGGCCCUACCAGUGCAGCGAGUGUGGCAAGAGUUUCCGAUACAAGGAGUCGCUCAAGGACCACCUCCGGGUGCACAGCGCCAGCCUCGGGACCUCUCGGCCCCACCAGGCACUGGAACGGGACUAGGCUGGUGCCGAGGGUGGGGGUGGGGACAGUGCUGGAGGAGGCCAGGGGGAGGGGGGGAAUCCAGCCGUGCAGGAGGGGGGGGUUGGGGGAGCCAGGGAAGAAACCCUCCAGAGAGGAGUUUUUGGUGACUGGUGACCCUCCCCCUCCUCACGUGGGUGGCCCGGGGGGUGGGGAUGCGGCUUUCACCACCCUCCACUUAUGGGUCCCGGAUGUCUCCUCCACCCUGCCCAAGGUAGAGCCCAGGGACCAAAGGGGCUGACCGCAGAGCCUGCCCCAGAAGGUGGGACGCAGAAACCUCAGACUGAACACCUGGUACAGGAGUGGUUGGUGCUCCUCAGCCUCCGCCCCAGCCUUGCCUCUCGCGCCUGACAGGAGGGUGGGGGAGGGGGUCCUCUAGGAAGCAGCAAAGCCAGGUUGAGCUGGUGGGCGUGGGGAGCUGGGGAUCCCCAGGGACAAUCACUUAGACUGCGGGUAGGAAAGGAGGCGCAGGGGUAGGCGGCAGGGGCUGGUAUCCAAACUGGUGGCACCACCUUGCCUUGGAGCCAUGCUUUCCCCUUCCUUCUCAGGCUCGAGGCCGCCCCUGUCCCCGGAACAGACACCCGGACCUGGCAGGUGAGGGAUAGUGCAUCAAAGUAGCCUUACACCCCUUUGACAGAUGAGGAAGACUAAGCGACCUCUCUGAGGUCACAAGGCAGGACCAGAACUCAGGUCCCCGACUCCUAUCCUUGUGCCUGUGCUGUUCCACCGCACUGCCCUACCUCAGUCAUUUGAGCAGUGCUUGGGCCUGGGCCUCUCCUGCCUGCCUUCCCUAGCCACCAAGAAUGCUUGCCGCUAUGGUUGGGGGCAGGCAGGGGGAGGGGGUAUGUGGCUCCCAUCGAGUCCCAUCCAGUGGCCGAAGACAACACCACUGCAAUCUGUGCGAAUCUCACUGAGCUCUUGAGGGAAGGAGGAAGGGGCUAGGGCCCACCCGCUUCCCCAAGACCCCAUCCAGCAGCAUCUCAAUGUGACUGCAUGAGAGAAAACUUUGUGCCAGCAUCGCAUCUCAGCCUGCCCAAGGGAGUGAAACUCCUCGAUUCAGGCUUCCCCAGGGAGCAGGGCAGUAAGUGAGGUAGAGAGUAGAUAGGCCAAGAGGAGGAAGGACUCUUCCCAAGUCCAUUAGAUGCCAGCCGCAGCUCUGGGACACCCCUGGCUCCGGCUUCUCCCUUGCCCCAUUCCCCCUGAGCUCUCUUAAUUGGUGCUAUCUGUACAGUUGAAGACAGUUAUGGACCUAGAUCCUAACGUGUCAUGGUGCCUGGUGAGCAUUUUUAUUUUAUUUUUUGUUUUUGUUUUUAGAGAGCUUCACCUGACUCCCUUUUUUUUUAAUGUGUGCAUCUAAUGUGGCCCCAGGGCCUUACCUCCCCAGGGGCCACAUUCUCUGUGUUUGUGUCUUGCAUGGCCCUGCAAAAAAAAUUAAAAAUAAAAAAAAAUAAAAUAAAAAGGCCAGUGAGGUUGGGAUGAAGUGCCCUGGGGCUCACAAUGCAUUUGUUUAAAAAGAAAAAAAAAAGAUUUCCCUCCCUUGCACUCUGACCCCUGCUUCUCUUCCACUUUGGAAGGGGGUUGUCUGGGGAGCAGUAAGAAGGUAGCCCUCUGUGCCACCUCUUUUGAGUUCAUGGCUUAUGAACUUUUCCCCUGGGUCCUUUUCCACUUCUCCCAGAUCCCCCAAUUGCUACACAAAGAGAAUGCUUGCAGCAAAGUAGAUGGAGGCAUCCAGACUACAGAAGUUGGAACUCUUGACACGUUCCCAGUGCUGGAAGUUUCUCCAGCUUGGCUGCAGAUAGUAAAACCCAAAUUAACCAGAAUCCAAUUUUUUAUCAGAAGUUGGGUUUUUUUUUAAUUGUUUGCUUUUGCUACGUUCCAAUUUUAAUAAAAAAGGUGACUGAAGAAAAGCUGAGAUCAGGAUUAUUGUCACAGAAUGUUAGAGGUGGAAAAGGGACAUUAAGGAUCAUCUUGUUCAACUCAUUUUAUAGGAAAGUAAAUUGAAACCCAAUGAAAUGACUUAUCCAAGGUCACAGAUCAGGUUAAAAGCAGAUCUAGAAUAAGAACUUUAAAGUCCCGUGCUCUUUCCAGUGCAUCACACCAAAUUCCAGCAGAUAUCUGGGGAGCAGUCUAUACUUAGCCCCAUCUCCUGUGUUAAUGUCUAUCUCUAAGUCUAGAAAGUGAUGACUUAUGUUCAGAAUAUGGCUACUAGAGUGCAAGAUAGAGAGAUUGAACGACUGAAAGAUUUUUAAGGAUUACAACAAAAAAGAAUUUCUUCCUAAACCCUAGUUAACAAGAAUAAUUAUUGAAUGCUACUCAUUUUCCAAGUAUUCUGGUUUUAUCAAGCUUUAAUUGGACUAGAAAUGGAUUCCCAGAUCUUUCACCCACCCUUCUCAAUCAUCCUGGAAAAUAUUAAUCAGAGCAUGAUCUAGAAUUAUCUAGAACAGUGAUUCUCAAAGUGUGGCCCAGGGACCCUUCUCAAGACCCUUUCAUGAAUAUGCCAAGCUAUUCUCAUAACAUUAUUAAGAUGUUUUAAUUUCUAAUAUGGUAAUAUUAGAAUAUGAUAGUAAUAUGUGGUUAUAUCAGUAGAUAUAGCCCACAUAAACAAAGGCUCUUUGAAGGUCCUGUAAUGGGGAAAUUUAAGGCUUCUGGGAGAAGGUUAUAAUAUAGUAAUGGUUACAAAUGUGGCUACAAGAUUUAUAUAAUAUUUAACAAUGGCCGCCAAGGAAUUUACUUAUGAAAUUCCUAAAAUGAAACACUCAAGUCAGAAUGAGGUUUAUGGAGGUUUAAUCACACUGGGAGUAGGGAAAAGGUUAGGGAGAGAAGGAGAGAAGAGAAAAGGGAAAGAGGCUACUCAACCUCUGACCAAGGCAGGGGGAGUUUUAGGCCCAAAGGCCCAGGUGGAAAGAAUCAGUCCUUAACUCACGUGACCGAUCUGAAGGAAAGCUGUCUGCGGGCGUCCUCUCUGUCCAAGCUCCUAACACCAACUCGCAUCUCGCUCUCUCCACAGGAAGUGAGAGAAUUCCAGAGGCUGUUCCCUACCUCACUUCCUGUGUCUCACAAAAUCCAAUGGUUGGCUCUAGCUUGGCUUAGGACAGCCCAGGUGGGCAGUUAGUUAUUUCUGAUUUGUCAUUGACUAGCACAUGCCCGUGUAGUGUGGGUGUGCACAAUUUUUUUGGUGCUAGACCAAGAUGGAGACUUUUUUAAAAUUCACAGUCCUCAAUAAUUUUUAAUAAUGUAAAGAGUACCUGAGAGAGCCAUUCUUUAAGGUCAGCUGAUUGAAUAAGCUCUCUCAGCCUUCUCUUCUGUAAGGAGUUAGCUCAUAGCCAUCGGGGCACAUGAGAGGGUAGGGGGGAAGGUCUGGAGGUCCUUAGGCAAGAAAAGAGAAUGUCCCUGUCCCCAACCAAUUAAUCAGAUACAACUGUCUGAAAAUAUCUUUAUCUUAUCUCCUUUAGCCAAUUUGAGGCAGUGAGAAGGGGUCUCAGGUGCAUGGGUAGUUGAAGAGUAAGAAAAGACUGACAAAUGGCCAAAUGUCAUUCAACAAAUACUGAAUACUUAACUGUGUUUGAGACACCAUGCCAUGCACUGCGGAAGACACAAAGAUAUGAUCCCUGCUCUCUAGGACUUUAUGAUUUAAUGGGAGAAAUUAAAUGCAUGUAUAAAGACAUACUCUGAAGUAAAUGCCACAAAUGGUACAGAUGUGUUAUCUGAAGGGCUGUCAUGAAACAGGGAUUAGACUUGUUUUGUUUGACCAUGGAAUUUGGGGUAAGACCAGUGAGUAGAAGUUACAGAGAGUAAAAACUUCCUAAUAAUUAGAGCUAUCCAAAAAGAAAUGGAGUCAGUGCCCACUUGUCUGGGACAUUGAAAAAGGGAUUUCUGUUUAGGUACAAAAGCAUCCAGAUGGUGUCUGAGGUUCUUUGAAACUCAGAGAUUUUAUGAUUCUGAGUGGAUGUGUAGAAGGAACUGUAGAAGGAACAUGACUUCCAUAUCUUCCUCUACCAGGGAUCUCCACAAAGUGUCAUAAAUGAAAAUGGAUUGAGAAGCUCUGACCUAAAGAGUAAAUUAAAGGAAGUGUUUAUCAUGUUACUACCUGGCCUAGCCUGUGCUAACAAAGAGCUUCCAGUCUAGUUGGAAAGAUAAGCUGUAUUCAGGCAAAAGGGGAGCCAACUAAACAGGAUAAAGUAAGGGCUAAAUGAUACAGACUGCUAUCAAAAUCCAGACGAAGGAGAAAUAUCACUGACUGGUAUGGUCAGGGAAAGCUUCCUGAAGAAAAUGAACUUGAACUGAGUCUUGAAGAAUAACUAGAUUUGAUUAGAUAGAGAUAAAGGAGGAUAUUUUGGGAGGAAGGGAUGUACAAAAGAAGGGGAAAUGGAUAUGCUUUGUUGGGAGAUAUGGUGAGGAUAUCAGACUUGCUCAUCAACAGUGGGAAAUUAGAAAUGUAGAUUGGAGGCAGAUCAUGGAAGGCAUCAAAUGCCAAACAAAAAAGUUUAGGCUUAUUGUGCAGUCUAUAGAGAACCCAAGAAAGUUCUAGAUAAAGUGAUGUGACUUCUAAGCAAUGUUUGGAUAAAUUAACAAAAGCAGAAGAUUAUAGGAUUUACAACUGGAAAGGAUCUUAUAGGAUGUCUAAUCCAACCCAUAUUUAUAUGACCUUUUAACAGGUAAAAACAUACAUUCUGUCUGUUCAUGAAGGACAAAGGGGAAUAGAAUAUAUCUUUUACUAUAGGCCUUAUACAUUUCUGCCUUUAUAGUCUUGCAGAUGCUCAGAGUGAGAAGGCAUCUUAGAGGCCAUUUAGUCUAACCCAUAUCUGAAAAAAAAAAAAUCUCCCCUCCAACAUAACCCACAAGUGGUUAUCUACUCACUGCUUGAAGAUUCCAGUGAAGGACUCAAUAUCUCCAGAGAAAGCCCAUCCCACUUUUGGAUAUCUCUAAUUAUUAGAACUAAUCAAAAUUGUAACAGGAGGCACAGCUCAAGACAGAAUGAUGAAAAGGGUUCUAGAACAGCACCUGGGGUGUCAGUCAUCUGGGGAAUAGGUUUUCUUCCAUCAGGGUGGCAGUCUGUGAGAAAGUAUACCCCUUUGUGCAUGGGGAGUCUCAGAGUGAUUCAAUGACUUGAUUUUCCCUUGUUAUUUACUUUACUAUUCUGUCUUAAUUAAAUGCUUUGCUAUUUGA